CUGAAUUCCGAACUUACUGGUGCUUGGCACUGCUUAUCUCGUGCUCGUUGUUCCGGUGGAAAUCCAUAGUGAAACAUCCGAGAGUUGUUUGAGUUUUCUUCCCUUGGUUCUAUGCUACGGCCUGAGGCACAACGGAUGUCGCCAGCAAUGUGAUCAACCGGAUUGUUUUGUUCCAGCGAAGGGGACGCACCACGAAGCGUCUCCACAUUGUGGAAAUAAGGCUUACGCAAGCAAAGUACUAGUGUUGAUGUUCCUUCCGCCGGAUCUGAUCGGUGUCUGUUGUGCCGGUAUGUGUGGAUUAAACUUUGGUGGAAUCGGCAUGAGAAGAGAUGUUGUUCUAUCAAGUGAUUUCGGAGUGAGGAAGUGUGAUGCUUGUGAGGAUGUGAACGAUACGGAAAGUUUUCGCUUGUAAACAGAGGAAUAUUAUAUCAUUAUCAUUAAUGGGACGUGAAACGAAUACCAAUGGUUGUGGUGCGAGGAGCACCGCGCUGGAGUUGAUUGAUUAAAGAUUUCAAGAAGCGGAAUUUCCUGGAAAAGGAAUCCGUUCGUAAAUUUGGCGCUAGUUAGAACACAAAGUGGAGAUUGGUUCAUGCCAAAUUGCGCCACGAACUUGGAGUUUAAUGACAUUUAUCGUGAACACUUUUCAACUUUUCUCCACCUCGACGCGACCGGAGGAAGCGAACAACAAACGAUGGGGAAAAUAAGCUCCAUUUAUCAAGUCACCCUGCAAGUACCAGUUGGCAUCGGUGGAGGUUCGGCCCGCAGCAGCAGCAGGACAAGUGCAGGAGUUUUCCCGGAAACGCCGAAGAAGUCAAAUAAUAAGGGUGACGAGGGUGACGUGCAAUCGUGGUUGCAGAAGACGUCGACUUGAAUCAAAUUAUUUGCAUCUUCGGUGAUGUAUGCCGGUUCGCGAAGCUCGCCGGAAUAUGAGUCGAGGGAAACGGAAGCCGUACCGAGAAAAUCAUUCCAGUACCAGUUCGGUUUGUGUGUGAUGAUGAAUUAAAUGACAUUGCUGAAAGUGUGUCGCGAAGCAUUCCAAGUUGCAGUUAACUAGAAAGCGCAGCCCGAAGAAGUUGGACUGAUUCGAAAUGCCACUCAGUGUGAUACUAAUUAGACCGGAGGGAAUGAAAUGACAUUGCAGCAUCUCAAUGUAGAUGUUUCGUCGUCAAAACCUGUUUAAGGAAGACCAACUACAACAACAACAACAACAAAAUUCCUCCAUCAUCUCUGAAACGUGAUUUGUUACAGCAUUCAGUGCGUUCUAAAGUGACGUGAUAAGUAGACUAUCAAAUCUUUCCCUACGAUGAAGUCCGCAAUUCUGUACCCUUACGGACCACUUCGGACUAAUGGAUGCUGUCGAAUGCUGCACGCGAAACAUUUAGCGCUGACGAGUGCCAUUUACACGCUGAACAUCUCCAUCCUGGUGGUGCUGCUCUAUUCGUGGCGGAUCAGUGUCAACGUGAAAAAGUACAGCGAUCUGGAGGACGUAUACUAUGGUGUUCAGAUUGCAUACUUCGCCAUCAUUGGCACCCAGUGCUCGAUGAUACUGCUCAGCGUGGUGCUGAUUUUUGGAAUCUACAAGGAAAACAUCGGUCUCGUCGUGCCCUGGAUAAUCGGAUUCAUCACCUUCAUGGCGCUCGAAGCCGUCGCAAUGGUGUACUCCAACGUGCUGCGGGACCAUGUGAAUAGGCAAUUCGAUUCCCUGUGCAAAGCUGAAGUGGCCUUUUUCGUAUCGCGAGCAUUCAUUAAUGCACUGGCAAUGUGGGCCGUCACGCGCUUCUACAAUCUGCUGCGGGCGGGCGUGACCUGGAAGGGGCCGGAAAUAAUCGAACUAUGACACAACUCGAACGACACGGAGAAAACGCUGGCGUCUCUCCGUGACGAAACCCACCUGAUUGUGCGCAUCCGAGGCGCCGACACCGGCGACAUUGAAAAGAACUACGUCGGGAUGGACAGUGAGGACGAUGACGACGAUGACGACGACGGCGGCGACGAUGGCGACGAGGAUUGCGGUGAGGCGGAAGACACUGAUGACAAUAUGAUUGAUGCCACGGGCUAUUACGGUGGUCGGAGAAAACGGGGUCGGGGCCGACCAAUGCUACCGUCGUCGCGGAACGGUGGCUCGGAUGACGAGAACAAAAGUGCCGGAAGUGGCAGCGAUGAGAAUGAUUCGCUGCUCGUAGCGUACGACAGCAAUUCAGUCACAUCCGUUUGACAAUAUCGAAAGCUGAUGCGGACGAUGGCAGAGCUCCAGCGGCAGGCGGACAGUGGCGUGUUAUUGUUUUUAGUUAUAUUUUGUAUUGAGAUUUAUGCGCAGAUUUUUGUAUUUUUCUAGACGACAUGGAUAUAGGUACAAUACGUUGUUAUAUUAGAGCCAGAAAAUCAUGUACAUAGCUUCCAGUGUCAAGAAUGUGAGCGAAUGCGAGUGUGAAGAUUUGAACUACAAAACAACAACCAAAAACAGAAAAAAACCAUAUUUACUUCUAUAUUAGGCGCGAGGACUUUAUAUUUAGAGUCAUGCGAUACAGAAAGAAGAAACGCGUUUACGCUGUAAACGAGAAUAUUAUAUAUGAAACAUAGAAUAGAUGAAAAUUAAACAACAAAAUUGAAAUAAAUAUUGGUGUGGUACCCUGAAACUA